CUAGGUCAUGAAAUGCUGUUACCUGGUUGGGUUUCUUUUCCUCUUUGACAUCGUCAAAAGUCAAGAUGUAUCCAAACCCUAUGAAGGUGAUAGGGUAGUUAAAGGCAUUUACAAGUAUUUGAAGGAAGGACCAAACACACUCUGCAAAUCUAAGCUGAAACAGAUUGUUGGUGACGCAAAAACAAGUGUUCCAUUUUUUGAUGCUAUUGGAAAGCCUGCAAGUGGAAUUCUUCUUGGCAAUCUAAAUUGGUGGGGUAGCUAUGAUCUGUGUAUGCAGUUAAAAACAGUUGGGCUGCUACCUUGUAAAACGUCUGGGCUUGUUCCUUUGUCUAAUACUACUUCAGCAAUGUUAAUAUGGACCUCCUGCCUUCCAUCAGAUUGCAGAAACGAUUUCAUUGAUGUAUUUAUUAACAUUCUGGACGAAUCCAUUACACCUCUUGUCGAUAAAUAUGUUCCAAUUGGAAAAUAUCCAAUUGUGCAUAAAAUCACUGGGAUACUAGGGUGGAAGCCUGUAGAACGCGACACAUUGAUCGAAUAUGAUCUUGAAACUAUCCCACUUCGAAUCAAAACAAACAGCACACGGUUAUCAAAUGAUACGCUCAUGGUAAACUUCUACGACGAGCUGGAAGACUUAUCUGGAUAUUUUGCUGUCAGUUUCAAAACUACUCUUAAAUAUAAGAUCGGAAAUUGCGGGGACUAUAAACUGUUUCCUGUGUCGCCUCCCGUUGCUAAAGACCGGGUUUGGAACAUCACCAAAACAGAGAAACCUGGACUGAAAGUAGUGUGUAAUGAUGUAACAGUUCUGGAUGUUGCGCUCUCGGACGGUGUCUGCACUGAAUACACUGGUAAUUGGAGCACUUUGUGGACUAAGAAAGUGACACAAAUAGAGUUCCCAACCGCAGACACAGCCUCUGAUAAAUAUUACGUAAAGCCUGAGUAUACAUUAAAGACGACUUGUCAAGAUCCCAUAUCAUAUGACGCUGGAGCCUAUAUUGGAACGGUAUUUUGUAUAUUCUUCAUCACUCUCACCACACUGGGAUCAGUACGUGGACCACUUAAAAAGUACAUCAGCUGGUUUGUUAAGGAAGUACAGUGCGGAGAGGCUGGAGAUAACGAACCAGAAGUUGCUUAUAAUAAGAAAAGAAGUGUAGUGGUCAAAGAGAAUACUGAAGAGAUAAACAUAGUGAUCGGAAACAAGACAGCUGACGAUGCUAACAUUUUGUUGGAUGUUCAGGCAUCUUGCCAAAAAGAAGCAGAUGAAGACGACACUAGAGCAGGGUUCGAGGUUACAGAGAACCUAUACGAUACAGGGGUAGAUCCAGAAGACACAGCGUCUGAAGGACACGAGCCUCUGGUCGGUGUUAGGAACGCUUUGUAUCGCUUCUAUCCUAGUGCUAGAAGUAGUCACGUGGUUUUGGAUAAAAUCUCGGAAACUUCAGUUUCAGUGUUGAAGUGCUUCUCCUUACAGAGGAACAUUCAAAUCUUAAUGGACACGACCGUAAAACCUGGCCAAGUACUUUGUAUGAACGGGAUCAGAAGUCUUAGUAUCGGUUGGGUGCUUUUGUCCCACAUGUUUCUCGUCCCUCUACUCGCUUCUCAAGGAGAUGCGUACCAAGCAUUCGUGAAAGGAAAAAGACGCUCUUUUGAUAUAAUUCUCAACGGCUUCCCUUCUGUGGAUAGUUUCUUUGUGAUGAGUGGCUUUCUUGUGUCUUUUCUUCUUAUCAAGAACUUUGAGAAAGGGAAAACUUUCAGAGGAAUAGCUGUCGGUUACUACGUUCACAGGUACAUACGACUUACUAUACCGUAUUUGAUGGUGAUACUGAUACAAGGGUUCCUCUACAGACAGUAUAUCACUGGUCCUUUUGCUGAUAACUUUACACUUGGAUACGAGGGUUGUAAGAAAUGGUGGUGGGCUAAUCUACUUUAUAUCAACAACUUUUUACCUUGGUCCUCGCCAGCUAAAUGUGUGGGACAAUCCUGGUACUUGGCUAAUGACAUGCAGUUCUUUAUAGUAGCCCCACUUUUUAUAUGGUUGCUAUGGAAAUCACCUGUAUUAGGUAAGCUGUGA